AUGAAUAUUAGAGGAUUUAAGUUCUUAGUAGAGGCUGCAAUCAUUAAUGUUUAAAUUAGUGUUUAGUUUAAUUGUAAAAUAUAGGUCAUUCUAAAAAGAGGUAUAACUUUUCAUUUUUAAUUAUUUCAAUAAGGUUCAUUAAAAUUGGAAACUUAACCUAUUUAUGAAUUGUAGAAAGGCAUAGCAAUAAUUAAUGAAUCAUUAAAUUUUAAUAUAUCUGUUAGUUUGGGUUAAGAUGGAAAAUUUGAAGAGAAAAAAACUCAAAUAAUUGUCAUUUUAGUUACCGAUAAAGGAUAAAAGAAUGCUGGUAUAUAUAAUUUGAAUUUAUCCCAAUAUUUAAAUCAUUAACAGUUUGGUAUUCAGAUUUUUAUUUAAGAUUUUAAGAAUUUUAAGAAGCAUUUCCUUUAGAAAAAUGUCCAGAUAAGAAUGCAAAAAUAUUAGUUAACUUUAAAAUUAAAUAAAUAGGAGAGGUGGAUUAGGAGUAUUAUUUCAAUAAUUAAAUAGAUUAUAAACUACAGACCAUUCUCUUGAUUUGUCAUAAACUUCAUUUUUAACUCCAAGCAAGAUAAUUCAAGAAUCAAAAACUGAAAAUAGUGGUAUAGUAAAAUGUAAUUAAAUUAGAAAAGAAGGAUUAUGAUUCCGAUCUUAAAGUUUAAAUUUAGAAAUUUAAAUUGAAAUUAAAUGAUAUGAUUGAAAAGGAACAUCAUUAAGAAAUCAUUUUGAGUUUUGAAUAAUAAUUGUAAGAAUUAAAUACAAAAUUAAAAUCGUAUAUAAAUGAAAAUACUAUGAUUAAUGCUCAAUUAAAAGCUAAAUAAUUUGUAAUAGAUUAAUAAACCAAUGAAAUUGCUUAAUUGAAAUCAAAAUUAAAUGAAUAGGAAUUUGAAGGUGAAGAAAAUUGUAAGAUUUAAUUAAGUAUUUUAAAUGAGAAAAAUAAAUAAUUAGAAAAUUUGAUAAAAGAGUAAAAAUAAUAAAUAAAUAAUUUGAAUAAUAUAAUAGCAGAAUAAUAGGUUAAUAGAAAAGAAUCAUUUAAUUCAAAUGAAAAUAAUUAAAUUGAUCAAUUAAAUGAAUAAAUAGAGAAAUUAUAGAAUCAAAUAAAAGAGAAAAAUGAAUAAAUGUAGAAUUUAAAAAAUUUAACAUCAGGAACUAUAAUAGCAUUAUAAUAAAGGAAUGAAUGUUUGGAAAAAAGAUUGAAUCAAUAAAAGGAAAUUAUAGAGAAAUAAAAAAAUUAAGAUGUAUAUUUCCAAUAUAUAAUUAGUAAGUAAUGAAAGGAAUAUCCAGUAAUGAUUCAAGUAUAUUGGUUGAAGAAUUAUAGUCAGUUUUAAGUAUAAAGAAACAUGAUAUCGAAACUUUAUAGUAGAAAUAUGAAUAAGAGUUGGCAAAAAAGGAGGAGAUUGUCUAGAAUUUAUAGCAUAAAUUGGAAGAAUCAAUGAGAAAAGAAUUAGAUACUAGUAAAACAAGUUAAGAUUCUAAAAAUUAAGUGUAUUAAUUAGAGAAAUAAAUUGAAGUGUAAACAAAUCAGUAAGAUAAAUCCAAAGUAGAACAACAAAUGGUUAGGCUAAGAAGUCAAGUCCAAUAGUGGCAAUCCAAAUGGGAAAACAACCAAAAAGUACUUAGCGAUUACAAUAAUGAAGUAUAACAGAUGCAAAGACAAAUUGCCGAUGUUCCAUCAUUCAUUGAAGAUCAAAGAGAACUUCCAGAUUAGUUAUUCUCAUUGAAAAAGGCAAUAUAAGGAAAGCUUUAAGGCUAUUAAUAGUCACAAAUAUUUUUAGAAUAGAAGGUUCAAUAAUUGUUAUAAGAGUUAGAAAUAUGUUCAUAGAAAUUGAAAUUGGAAUAAAGUUAAUAAGUAAUAUAAUAUAAGUAUAGAGUGUUCUGAUUCUUAAUACCAAGAGUAGAUGCAUGAAUAUAGUGAAGAAAUCUCACGAUUAAAUUCUUAACUUGAAUAGUAUUAUAAUAUAAUAUUUUCUUAGAAAGACUGAAGAAUUUAAAUUGAUGUCUUAGUAGGAAGAACAAUAAAAAUAGUAAUUCUUAGAAAUCUCAAAAUAAUUUGAAGAAUCGAAAUCAUAACUUAAUAAUGUUAGGUAAAACAUGAUGAAAUCUAAAUAAUCUUUGGCUGAAGCUUUAUAAGAAAAGGUUUUAUUAUAAGCUAAAAUUUAAGAAUACUAAAAAUCAAUCAAAGAAAAAAAUGCAGAAAUUUAACAGGCAUAAGAAUUAAUUAAUGAACUUGAAUAAUUUAAUAUUUAAAUGGAGGAAACUAUUUCUUAAACUCUUGAAUAAUAUAAACUUUAAAUCUAAUAAACUAAACAAUCUUAUGAAAAAGAAAAAAAAUGGAGAUAGGAAUUAUAAUAAUAAAUUCUUAUUCUCAAAGAUGAAUCAUCCAAAAUUGAAUAAGGAGUAAUUACUCCAUAAAAUAAUGCUAUUGAAAAAAAAUUAAAUUAAUGUAACUGUUAAGAAUAACUAAAAUAAAAUUAACAUUUUAUUGAUGAAUUAUAAUAAUAAAUAGCAGAAUUAUAAUUAUAUAAAUUAGAACAAGGAAUUUAAAGAAAUAGUAUUCAUUAAAUAAGAACAAGUAUUUAUGCAAGUAAGAGAGAGUCAUUAAUUUUUCAACAAUCUGAAGAUAAAAAAGAAGAUUUUUUUAAUAAUUAACGGAAUAUUAAUUAAAAUGAUAUUGGAAGAAUUAAAGAGUUGGAAGAAUAUAUCAAUCAUUUAAUAAAUGAGAAAAUUAAAGUAUCAAGAGAUUACCAAAGUGAAUUAGAAAAAGCACUUUAAGCUAAUGAUGAAUUAGAAAUGAAAUAUACUAAGUUAUUAUAAGAAUUAGAACAAAGUAAAAUUAAAAUUGGAGAUAUUUUCAAUGCUGCAAUUGAGAUUGGAGGAACUCCUUUAGUUGACUAACUUUAAAUUGCAUUCGGUAUAUAUGAAUGA